GAGGGAAGAUGGCGGACGGCGUGGACCACAUAGACAUCUACGCGGAUGUGGGCGAAGAGUUCAACCAGGAAGCGGAAUAUGGUGGGCAUGAUCAGAUAGAUUUGUACGAUGAUGUCAUCUCUCCAUCUGCAAAUAAUGGCGAUGCCCCAGAAGACCGGGACUACAUGGAUACUCUUCCACCAACUGUUGGUGAUGAUGUGGGGAAAGGUGCAGCGCCAAAUGUUGUCUACACUUACACUGGAAAGAGAAUUGCAUUAUAUAUUGGAAAUCUAACAUGGUGGACAACAGAUGAGGACUUAACUGAAGCAGUUCAUUCUUUGGGAGUAAAUGAUAUUUUGGAGAUAAAAUUUUUUGAAAAUCGGGCAAAUGGACAAUCAAAGGGAUUUGCCCUUGUUGGUGUCGGAUCUGAAGCAUCUUCCAAAAAGUUAAUGGAUCUGUUGCCUAAAAGGGAACUUCACGGUCAGAAUCCUGUCGUGACUCCGUGCAAUAAGCAAUUCCUGAGUCAGUUUGAGAUGCAGUCCAGGAAAACUACACAAUCAGGACAAAUGUCUGGGGAAGGUAAAGCUGGUCCUCCAGGAGGCAGUUCACGUGCAGCAUUUCCACAAGGUGGUAGAGGACGGGGCCGUUUUCCAGGGGCUGUUCCCGGUGGGGACAGAUUUCCUGGGCCAGCAGGACCAGGAGGGCCACCUCCACCUUUCCCAGCUGGACAGACUCCACCCCGUCCACCUUUGGGCCCUCCAGGCCCACCUGGUCCACCAGGUCCUCCACCUCCUGGUCAGGUCCUGCCACCUCCUCUAGCAGGACCUCCCAAUCGAGGAGACCGCCCUCCACCACCAGUUCUUUUUCCUGGACAACCUUUUGGGCAACCUCCGUUGGGUCCACUUCCUCCUGGGCCUCCACCUCCAGUUCCAGGCUACGGCCCUCCUCCUGGUCCACCGCCUCCACAGCAGGGACCACCUCCACCUCCAGGCCCCUUUCCACCUCGACCACCAGGUCCACUUGGGCCUCCCCUCACUCUUGCUCCUCCUCCACAUCUUCCGGGACCACCUCCAGGUGCCCCACCACCAGCUCCACAUGUGAAUCCUGCUUUUUUUCCUCCACCAACUAAUAGUGGCAUGCCAACAUCAGAUAGUCGAGGUCCACCACCAACAGACCCAUAUGGCCGACCUCCACCAUAUGAUAGGGGUGACUAUGGUCCUCCUGGGAGGGAAAUGGAUACUGCAAGAACACCAUUGAGUGAAGCUGAGUUUGAAGAAAUCAUGAAUAGAAAUCGGGCCAUCUCAAGCAGUGCUAUUUCAAGAGCUGUGUCUGAUGCCAGUGCUGGUGAUUAUGGGAGUGCUAUUGAAACAUUGGUAACAGCAAUUUCUUUAAUUAAACAAUCCAAAGUAUCUGCCGAUGAUCGUUGCAAAGUUCUUAUUAGUUCUUUGCAAGAUUGCCUUCAUGGAAUUGAGUCCAAGUCCUAUGGCUCUGGAUCAAGACGUGAACGAUCAAGAGAAAGGGACCAUAGUAGAUCACGGGAAAAGAGUCGGCGUCAUAAAUCUCGGAGUAGAGAUCGCCAUGAUGAUUAUUACAGAGAGAGAAGCAGAGAGCGAGAGAGACACAGGGAUCGGGAUCGGGCGGACCGGGAGCGUGACCGAGAGCGAGAAUACCGUCAUCGUUAG